ACAAAAUACACGCAAAUGUUGUUUUUGCUCUACUGAUACUACCUGUUUAAUGUGCCUUGCUGUGAUCGAUAGCAGAACAAACGUUAGUUCAAAAACAUAUGUAUAUCUCUGAUUAAAAAUCAGUAUUUUGUUUUGUGAUAAUACAUAGUUUGUUUCAGAUGGAUACAGCAGAGAAUUUACAUUUUCAAGACAAUGGCUUAUUUAUAGAAGCCGUUCGUUCUCGGCCUAGUUUAUGGGACAUCCGCCAAAAUUCCUACAGGAAUCAAACGUUGCGAAACAAGGCUUGGCAAGAAGUUCUUGGAGAACUUGGUCUUGUGGUUUCUCAAGAGAAUAUAAAAGCCAUAGGAAAGCGAUGGAGUUCCUUACGGUACCGUUACAGUAAGUGGAAAGAAUUCGGUACUAGGAGUGGGUCAAGUGGAGAGAAAAAAUAUUUUCCGCACUCGGCACAAAUGGCAUUUCUGAAUGACUCGUUGCAAACUCGGAGGUAUGUAUAUAUGUACACACAUGCAUUAUUACACAGUACAACAAAUUUAGAGCCUUU